ACAAUUCAGAGGCUGCUGCCUGCCUAGGAGGUUGUAGAAAGCUCUGUAGGUUCUCUCUGUGUGUCCCACAGGGCUCCUCGGGCCAGGUCCCUGUCUGAUGGCUUUUAUGAAAAAAUAUCUCCUCCCCAUUCUGGGGAUCUUCUUGGCCUACUACUACUAUUCUGCGAAUGAGGAAUUCAGACCAGAGAUGCUUCGAGGAAAGAGAGUGAUUGUCACAGGGGCCAGCAAGGGGAUCGGAAGAGAGAUGGCCUAUCAUCUGGCGAGGAUGGGAGCCCAUGUGGUAGUGACAGCGAGGUCAGAAGAGGCUCUAAAGAAGGUGGUAUCCUCCUGCCUGGAACUUGGUGCGUCCUCGGCGCACUACGUUGCUGGCACCAUGGAGAACAUGACCUUUGCAGAGCAAUUUGUUGCCAAAGCUGGAAAGCUCAUGGGGGGGCUAGACAUGCUCAUUCUCAACCACAUCACCAACACUCCCUUGACUCUAAUUUGUAAUGACGCUCACCUCGUGCGCAGAACUAUGGAGGUCAACUUCCUGAGUUAUGUGGUGAUGAGUAUGGCCGCCUUGCCCAUGCUGAAGCAGAGCAACGGGAGCAUUGUGGUGGUCUCCUCGAUAGCUGGGAAAGUAGCUAGUCCACUUGUUGCUGCCUAUUCUGCAAGCAAGUUUGCUCUGGAUGGGUUCUUCUCCUCUGUCAGGGUGGAAUAUUCAGUAGCCAAGGUGAAUGUGUCGAUCACCGUCUGCAUCCUCGGCCUCAUAGACACAGACACAGCCAUGACAGUGGUUGAUGGAGUAUUCAAUGCAAAAGCAUCUCCAAAGGAAGAAUGUGCCCUGGAGAUUAUCAAAGGGGGAGCUCUGCGCCAAAAUGAAGUGUAUUAUGACAGUUCAGCCUUGACUCCUCUCCUCCUGGGAAAUCCAGGGAGGAAGAUCAUGGAAUUUUUCCUCUUACAAAAAUAUAAUAUGGAAAGAUUUAUAAACCACUGAACACUUCCUUAGGGCUGGGCAGAAUAAGGGAGCCUGGUACAAUUCUGCCAGAUAUUUAUCUGAGCUCCAUCAUGAAGGCAUUGCCCUGGAGAGAUAAAUGAGUGUUCCCCAGGGGUUGCAAGUCACACAUCACAUCUCACAAUUAAGGGGUUCCUCUAGCACUUGUACAGUGGAAAUGUGAUUAUAAUGAAUGUCAUGAACCAGCAAUUGUGAAAUUGAUGGUAACCACAGCUAUAAUGACAAGAUAGUUAUAUCAAAUUCACCUCAUAUGUAGUAAUGUUAUAAUGCUUAAUCAAUAUUAAUUAUAAUAAAGGUCACAUAAACUUUAUAAAUUCAUACCUCAUGACUGUAACUUCAGCUCAUUCAGUAUGGUUCCAUUAAAACCAUAAUCU